GUGUGUGUGGUAAACAAUGGAUGAUAAUAAAUCGAAUCAAAAUGAUGAUGAAAAAAUUGUAUUCAAAAAACGUAAACGUAAAAUUGAAUCAGUGAAAAAAAUUAAAAUUCAAGAUGAUGAUGAUGAUGAUGAUGGUGGUGGUGGUGAUUCAAUCGAUUGGACAGCAUUGGAUGAAUUACGUGAAUUACAAAAAUCUCGUAAACGUAUUACCAAAGGUAUCGAUGUAAUGGAUCUAUUGAAACAAGAUAUGAUAAUGGCAAAGAAUAAACAGAAUGAUGGUGAAAAAAAUGGCGAUAAAGUAUUGUAUGGUUUGACCGAUUCAAAAACAUUAUUGGCCAAUGAAUUAGAUCUUGGUAAUACGUUUAGUUUGGAAACAAAUCGUCGUGAUGAAGAUGCUGAAAUGAUGAAAUAUGUUGAUGAAGAAUUGGCCAAACGACGAUCAAUGGCCAAUGAUGAUUUGAAUGAUGGUGGCCAUAAUGAAACUUCAUCAUUACAAUCAUCUGAUUUAACUAAAGAUUUACUAGUGAAAUCAAUGCCUGAUCAUCUUUUGCAAUUGAUUAAUAAUACAAAAUCAAAAAAUGAAGAAAUGCUUUCAUCACAAAUGUUAUCCGGUAUACCUGAAGUUGAUCUUGGUAUUGAAGAACGAAUAAAAAAUAUCGAAAAAACCGAAGCAGCACGUAAUAAAUUGAUUGAAAAACGUAUACAACGUGAAAUGGAAAAACUUUCUGACACAACGAAUGCCACCGAUUCGAAUGAUCCGACAAAAGAUUUAUCAUUUGCGCCGAAAAAUCUUGCAUCAUGUUUCAAUUAUAGACAGAAUAAUUUACUUCAUACCAGUAAUAAUAUUGGCAAUAAUAAUUCUAUGCCAAAUCAUCGUUUCAAUUUACAAUCAAUGUCAACGGACAAUAAAGAAUUAAUUAGCCAUUUUAUCGAUAAAGAAGAACGUAAAGCACAAGGUAAAUCACGUGACCAUCAUCAUCAUCAUCAUCAUCGUGAUCAACAAUCUGUACAACAAUAUGAUAUUGAACCAGUUGUGGUUAUUGGUGAUGAACCAUUAAAAGUACGAUUACCGAAACCAAUGGAUAAAGAUAAUCGUAUGCCCGGAAAAGAUAAACCGUUGGAUAAUUAUAUGUUUGAAAAAUUUAAAAAACAUAUCAAAAAACGGUGAAAAAAUUUUUUUUUCACAUAUAUUCACAUGUAAAUC